GUUGCUGAAGAUCAUCAGGAAGCUUGGGUGGAUUAUGUGGCAGUCAGUUGCUGGGCACUGAUUGUACUCCUCAGUUUGUUACUGUUCUUCAAAUUCAGAAAUAAUUUGCCAGUUGCAUUGUUCCUGAUCGGAAUAAUAAUUGUGCUAUGGUCUGCCAAUAUCUUUUCUAUGUGUUGCAACAAAUAUGAAAAGAACUGUUUCAUUCUAUUGGGCUUCAUCGUUCUGGAAGACUUGUUGACAAUCGUCUUCUGCUUCUUCACCUACAAAAGAUUAAAACUGAAAGUGAUAAUAGUAAUGAUGCUUUUGUCGACGGCUUUUGUGAUAACCGGCAUAGUUUUAUUUUUUCUAGGAAAGGAUGAUCCAAUGUUCUUUGAAAUCACCGGUGGCUUUUGGAACACUGCUUUAGAUAUGGUGGCUAUUGGUAUCGCCAGCUUCCUGAAAUAA